UAAUGUAAUCAGUAUUGUCAAUGCCAGAGAGCUAGACGGAUUUCUACUGAACAGUUUCUGUAGUUUGGUUUCAAAUUCAAAAAUGGAUACCGUUUAUUCAUAAUUAUAGUGUUGAUUUUAUUGAUAGUUAGGAUUAAAUUCAAUUUGAAAAAAUUCAUGAAAAGUUUUUUCAAAAUUACACCACAAUGAGAAAAAGUAAAGAAAAUUUGAAAAGAAAUCCUAUUGAGACUGCGAAUCCCAUUAGUCGAUUAUUUUUUUGGUGGUCAGUUAAAUUAUUCAGAAAAGGCAACCGAGAUGGACUUAACAUGGAUGAUCUUUAUGCCCCGUUAGUUUGCGAUGAGUCUGAGGGUGUGACAAACGAGCUGGAAAAGGCAUGGAAUGAUGAAUUAGAAAAAUGUUGGAGCAAAGAAAAACACCAGAUUUAUGACGGGAGUGAAAUGAAAUUAUCAAAGCCAAGUUUCAUUAAUGCGAUUUAUCGAACGUUUUGGCUGAAAAAUUUAUACGUUGGAUUGCUAUUACUUUUUCAGACAGUAGUUUUACGUAGCGUACAGCCUAUUUUUCAGGCACGUGUAAUCAGUUUUUUCGAUUCACAAGAUAAAGAUUUUACGACACAAAAUGAGGCUUUGAGUUAUGCAAGUGCUCUUAUUACUACGACACUUGGAAUUACGUUUGUUAUGCACCACAUGAAUGUUGAGAGUCAACGAAUUGGAAUGAGAAUUAGAGUCGCGUGUUGUUCACUUAUUUACAGAAAAAGUCUACGUUUGAGUAAGUCAGCACUUGAUAGCACUGCUGGUGGUCAAAUAAUCAAUCUUCUCAGUAAUGAUGUCAACCGUUUUGACCUCUUACCUAUGUUUUUUAAUUUUUUAUGGAUUAUGCCAAUACAAAUUAUCAUUGUUGGCUACAUAAUGUGGCAAAGUAUCGGAAUCUAUACUCUAGUUGGUUUUGCAACGCUUCUAUUACUCACAAUUCCGAUGCAAGGAUAUGCUUCAAUACUCAGUGGAAAAUUACGGGAAUCAAUCGCAGGACUUACUGACCGAAGAGUUCAACUAAUGAGUGAAUUAGUUGCUGGAAUUCAAGUAAUCAAGAUGUACGCUUGGGAAAAACCAUUCAAUAAAAUAGUUUCUCAAACAAGAUUUGCUGAGAUUAAAAAAAUCCAUAGUUCGUCAAACGUUCGUGGAUUAUAUACCGCGUUGAUGGUUUUCACUGAAAGGACGGCGCUUUUUGUAACACUCGUUACUUUUGUAUUGAUGGGAAAUCCCAUGAAAGCAGAAAUUACGUUUCAACUAUCAAGUUAUUUCAAUAUAUUGCAGAUGGUCGUCGCUAUUUUUUUCCCACAAGCAUUGAUAUUAUUUAGUGAAGCUGUUAUUUCAACAAAAAGAAUUGAAGAAUUUUUGUUACUCGAGGAAAUAACUAAAACUCAGCAAGAUUUAGCGAAAAUAAUUAAAUCAACAGACAAAAUUAGUCCGACUAAAUCAUCGUCAGUAAAAAUACUGAAUGCGGUGAGAAUAGAACUGGAUAAAGUUUCAGCUAAUUGGCUCGUUGGACAGUUGCCUCCAACAUUAUGUGAAGUAUCAUUGAAUAUCGAAGCUGGAGAGCUAUGCACUCUAGUCGGCCCUGUUGGAUCUGGCAAAUCUUCGCUGCUACAUUUGUUAUUGCAAGAGUUACCUAUUGGCGCUGGAACAGUUGGGCUUUAUCAGUACAAAAAUAAAAAUUCAAUUGGCUUUGAAUCCAAGCGUGGAUUUAUACAAGACAAUCCUCAAAUGACGAUAUCAUACGCAAGUCAAGAUCCGUGGCUCUUUUCAGGAACUGUUAGAGAAAACAUUCUCUUUGGACUUGAUUACAAUCAUACGCGAUAUCAAGAGGUAACAAGAGUAUGCUCACUUUUAAAAGAUUUUAAACAACUACCUAAUGGCGACUUAACUACUGUUGGAGAACGUGGAGCAUCACUUUCAGGAGGCCAGAGAGCUAGAGUUAAUUUAGCGAGAGCAAUUUAUAAACAAGCCGAUUUGUAUCUUCUGGACGAUCCCCUAAGUGCGGUUGAUGCACGUGUUGGGCGCCAUCUUUUUAAGAAAUGCAUUCUCGAAUACCUUCGAGGAAAAACACGAAUUCUCGUUACUCAUCAGCUUAAUUAUCUAAAACAAGCCGAUACUAUUGCUAUGAUUGAACGUGGGUUUAUCAAACAUCAAGGCAGCUAUGAUACUUUAACAAAAACGAGUCCGGAAUUCAAUAAUUUGUUGAAUGCUAUGAAAAAAAAUGAUAAUGAGUCUCCUGAAGAUGCGACCGUCAUUGACACUUGCGAUUUUACUGAUGACAAAAAUAGUUUUCUGAGAUUUGAUAAGUCCAGAACUUCACGAGUGUCAGUUAGAUCCCACGAUAGUUAUCAAUUCAUACCUUAUCAAGAAUUCACCAUAGCGGAAGCAAAUUCUAAUGCAGAAGAUGAGUCAGAGUCAAUGGAAUCUGGACGAAUGUCAAACAAAGUUUAUUAUCGAUACUUUCGCGAAGGGGGAAAUAUUUGCACACUUAUACUACUGAUAAUUAUUUGUAUCAUAUCUCAAAUAGCUACGAGUGGUGCUGAUUACUGGCUUAGCUAUUGGACAAACUUAGAAACCAUUAGGACAUCCUGUGAAAACUCUCAAGGGAACUGUUCAGUUUCUGAAAAUGAAUACAAAUCUAUGGUUAACAACACGUUUUUUCAAUCACUUUCAAUUCUUGAUGCCGAUGGUUUUCUACCUGCAGUAGAUGCAGCUUAUAUUUAUACAACGUGUAUCGUUGGUUGUAUUGUAUUAACCAUCUCACGAAGUUAUUUCUUUAUGCACAUUUGUAUGAAGGCUGGACGAAAACUUCAUAAUCAUAUGUUUUCAAAUGUUCUACAAGCAAAGAUGAUCUUUUUCAAUACAAAUCCCUCGGGACGAAUUUUGAAUAGAUUUUCGAAAGAUGUUGGUGCCAUGGACGAAUUGUUACCACGGGCUAUGCUCGAAGCUCUUCAAAUAUUUCUUGUUAUGGCGGGAAUAUUAAUAAUUAUUAUAAGCGUCAAUCCUUGGAUGAUUAUCCCGAUCGUAAUUAUGGGAAUAUUAUUUUAUUUCAUACGUAUUUAUUAUUUGAAUACAGCUCAAGACAUAAAACGUCUAGAAGGUAUCGCAAAAAGUCCAGUUUUUUCCCACGUCAGCACCACAUUAAACGGUUUAACAACGAUUAGAAGCCGUGGUAAAGACGUACAGUUGAUGUUAUGCAAAGAAUUUGAUCAAUAUCAAGAUAUUCAUACAGGUGCAUGGUAUCUGACAAUAGCUACGGGAUCAGCAUUCGGACUUAUUCUUGAUUUGAUUUCUUGUGUCUUCGUCAUGUGUGUUUGCUUUUCUUUAAUUCUCAUGGAUCCUGAAAAUACGUUUGGUGGAUCUGUUGGUUUAGCUAUAUCACAGUCAUUGAUUUUAACUGGUAUGCUUCAGUAUGGUGUCAAACAAGCUACUGAAGUACAGUCACAAAUGACAUCAGUUGAAAGAAUUAUUCAGUACACUGAUUUACCGAAAGAAGGUCCGAUAGAGUCAUUGUAUCCGCCGCCAGCAACGUGGCCAUCGAGUGGACGAAUUGAUUGGGAAAAUGUUUCUAUGAGUUACAGAAAUGAUGACCCGCCAGUUCUAAAGAAUAUUGAGCUAUCGGUAAAAUCGGGUUGGAAAGUUGGAGUCGUCGGUAGAACUGGAGCAGGAAAAUCUUCAUUGAUAUCAGCGCUGUUUCGUUUAGCAGACGAUGGUCUGAAAGGAAAAAUAAUAAUUGAUGGUUUAGAUACAAAGAGUAUUGGUCUUCAAGACUUACGAGCCAGUAUAUCAAUAAUUCCUCAAGAACCUGUUCUCUUCUCUGAAACUUUGAGAUACAAUCUUGAUCCGUUUGGCAAAUAUACUGAUAACGCAAUGUUGGAUGCUUUAAGAGAAGUAGAAUUGAACGAUUUAACACUCGAUCAAUGGGUUACUGAAAGCGGUUCAAAUUUUAGUGUUGGUCAGCGUCAAUUGAUAUGCCUUGCGCGAGCAUUGUUGAGAAAUAAUAAGAUUCUUGUUCUCGACGAGGCUACAGCUAAUAUCGAUUCUCAGACUGACGCUUUAAUCCAACGAGCAAUUCGGACAAAGUUUGCAGAUUGUACAGUUAUAACAAUAGCACAUCGGUUGAACACGAUCAUUGACAGUGACACAGUUUUAGUCAUGGAAAAUGGAUAUGCUGCGGAGUUCGGAAGUCCAUAUGAGUUACUCUUUGAAAAACCUACCAGCUUAUUUGCUGAAAUGAUUGAUCAAACUGGGAAUAUAAUGGCUGAGAAACUUUAUGAAGAAGUUAUAAAAUGUCGUAAUCAACAAACGAAUUCUUCUAUUCCGACUGAUGAUAUCAAUCAACAGAAAUUUUAUGACGACAGCAGUACAAUAUUAUAUAGUGCUAAGCUUUAGUUUUUAAAAAGACAUUUCGGCGUUAGAUUUACUUAGAUAUCAUUAUUAACAUGUAAGCAAUAAAUUUAUUUUCUAUUUAUAAGUUAGUUUUCAAUAAUCAUGCGUUGGAACGAGACUGUAAAUCAUCUUAUGUUUAUCGAUAUGAUACCCUGGCGUAUCCAAUAUUUCAGUGGAAUUACGGUAAAUUACCGUAUAUUACGGUACUAGAACAAUAUACUGUAAUAUUAUUAUUAUUAUUUAUUAUAUAUUGGGCCAUGGACUUGAAACUCCUUGCGGCCACUCAAAAAUAAAUAUUUACAAUACAUAGGAUACAAUAAAAUGUUAUACAUUAAAUUUAAAUAUAUUGGGACACGUACCACUAUCAGAAAAGUUCUGGUUCACAUCCGUCAGGACUAUUUAAAAUAUUUUAAGUCGACGAAUCGUAAUUUUACAGGAGAGUUACCGUAAGCUACAGUAAAAUCUACCAUAAUAUUAAGCCCUGGUGGAUCUGAAUUACGGUAAAUUGCGGUAAUUUAUCGUAAGUUACGGUAUUCAGAAGAAGUACGGUACUUUUACCGUAAAAUUUCGGCAAGCCUACGGUAUUUUACUUAAAGUGAAAUAUUGCAUUCCCUAGCAGAUCCGAAUUACGAUAAAUACAGUGAUUUACCGUAAUUUACGGUAAUUCUGCUAGGCGCCGUAAAAUUACGGCAAAUUACGGCAAUUUACCGUAAUCUGCCAUAGACUACCGUAAUUUACCGUAGAUUACCGUAACCUGCCGUAGUUUACGGUAAAUUACCGUAAUUUACGGUAAUUCUGCUAGGCACCGUAAAUUACGGUAAAUCACUGUAUUUACCGUAAUUCGGAUCCGCUAGGGUUGUAAAACUAAAAAUAAUACAGCGCUUACCGUAAAAAGACCGCAAUUUGCGGUACAUUUCCGCAUUUUACUGCAAUUCGCCGUAAAAUACCGUGCUGUAUAUUAUCGUAAAUUUGCUGUAAAAACACCUUGUUUUCCUGUUAUUGACGUAAUUUACCGUUAUUCAGAUUUGCCAGGGAAGCCACCAGGAGUAGGUGCAUCGUAACUUUACGGUAAGUCUAUUUUUAAAUACGGUGAAACUAUUGAUUACCCUAGCGGAUCCGAAUUACGGUAAAUACAUUGAUUUACCGUAAUUUGCCGUAAUUUACGGUGCCUAGCAGAAUGACCGUAAAUUACGGUAAUCUACGGCAAAUUGCCGUAAUUUACGGUAAUUCUGCUAGGCGCCGUUAAAUUGCGGCAAUUUACCGUAAUUUGCCGGAGGUUGCCGUAAUUUACCGCAAAUUACCGUAAAUUACGUAAUUCUGCUAGGCGCCGUAAAUUACGGUAAGUUACGGCAAUUUACCGUAAUUUGCCGUAGAUUACCCUAACUUACCGUAGAUUACUGUCAUUUACGGUAAAUUACCGUAAUUUACGGUAAUUCUGCUAGGCACCGUAAAUUACGGUAAAUCACUGUAUUUACCGUAAUCCGGAUCCGCUAGGGAAUGACGGAAUUUACGGACCAAUAAGAUGUUUACGGUAGCUUUAUUGUAAACGCUUAAAGUAACUUUACCUGAUUUUUACAGUAAAUUUACUGUUGAAUUAUGGUAUAUUGCCAUUGCGGCCAAGAUCAGUUUACCGCAGCAUUACAGAAUAUUACCGUAACACUACUGUAAUUUUACAGUAGAUCUGCCGUAAGUUAUGGUAGUCCUACCGGAAUAGUACCGUAAUAUUAGACCUGCCAGGGUACACGAAAAAUUUUUUGAAAAAUCCAUCAUAAGGAUAAACGCAAUAGCUAAACUUUGAAAAAAAAACUACCUAAAAAUAUGUGUCAUAAAUAAAAUAAUAACUGACCUUGAUAUACCAUUAUAAUAAAACGUUAUCAUCAAUGUUAUUAAAAAGCUAUUAGUCUCAAAUGAUAUCAUAAAUAGGGUAUGUGAGAAAUAGUAUCAGUUUUUUUAGUUGUUUUUAUAUCAGUCGUUCAAUAACAUAGUGAAAGUCAAAAUUAUUUUAAAAAUCACGAUGUGAAUUGUGUUUUGUUGUUUUUGUGUGCAGAUUUUUAAUUUACGUGUAUUCAAUUAAAUUUUUAGUUAUAGCAGUAACUUUGUAGUGAUUCUUCUAAAAAAUUAUACGAGUGUUCUAAAUUUGUAAUGUAAAAUGACCAAUUUACCUGUUAUCGAAUGAUAAAUUCUGAAUAAAAACUAUAAUGAACUAUUUUAGUUUAUAUUGUGAAAUCGAUGACGUUUGAAAGUAUUAAAUGUUAUAAAAUGUUGAACAGUAAAGUUAAAAAACUUGAUAAAUACUUUAAUUUAAAAAAUUACAAGUUUAUCAAUCAGAGUAUUAAGAUAUGACAUAAAAAUAUAAAGUACACAUAAUAAAAAAAAAACUAUUAUUAUUAAUAAAUUGACUGAAAUUGUGUUAUUUGACAAUAAAAUAAAACUUAUUGUUAUAAUUUCUAAUACAAUGUUUAAAAACGCAAUAAAAACGCCUAAAAAGAAUCCCGCGAAUUUCAUCAGCCGAUUAUUUUUCUGGUUUGUUUAAUUUUUUUAUUAACUCUUGGUGGUGUAUUAUUACACUUUGUAUCAAUACUAAAUUAAAUUAAUAUCAAUGGAUUUAUUUUGUUUAUGUGAUUAUUGCCCG